UUCAUCUUUGGCAAAAUGGCCGCUAUCUUCGGAGGAAAUCCUCUGGUCACACAAAUAGGCCAGAAGAUAGAGCGAGCUACAGAUGGAUCCCAGGCAUCAGAAAAUUGGGGACUCUUUAUGGAAGUCUGUGAUAUGAUCAAUGAGACUGAUGAAGGUCCUAAGGAUGCUAUCAAAGCCAUUAAGAAGAGACUUUCACAAAACGUUGGUAAAAACAAUGUCGCCAUCAUAUAUACUUUGACGUGUCUGGAGACAUGUGUAAAGAACUGUGGUAAGAGGUUCCACCAGCAUGUGGCCAACAAAGAUUUUCUUGGAGACAUGGUCAAAAUCAUUGGUCCUAAGUACGACCCUCCACAGGCACUCCAGGAGAAGGUCCUGUGUCUGAUACAGACUUGGGCGGAUGCCUUCCGUGGUAUCCCUGAGCUGAGAGAGGUGGAGAAGGUAUACCACGACCUGAAAAGUAAGGGUAUAGAGUUUCCCAUGACUGACCUGGAUAGCAUGGCUCCCAUCCAUACUCCAGCAAGGACACAUGGUGAUGUAGAUCCAGGACUCAACAGGAUGAGGCCUGCCAGUAGUACAAGAGCUGCCAAAUAUAUGGUAGCUGAUGAUCUAGAGCCUCGAAUGGCUCCUGGAAUGAAUCCUGGGAUGGUUCCAGGAAUGGCUCCAGGAAUGGUUCCAGGAAUGGCUCCAGGAAUGGCUCCAGGAAUGGCUCCAGGGAUGGCUCCAGGGAUGGCUCCAGUGCCUGUCCAGCCGGCAAUGCCUCCCCAGAUGCCCCCUCAGCCUGUACACACAGCACAGACAGGAGGGCCUAUCAAUCCCACCAUAGACCAGAUGACAAAGUUAAAAAGCGAGCUGAAUGUGGUGCAGGGUAACAUUCGUGUGAUGGGCGAGAUGCUGAGUGAACUGUCACCAACCAAUGUCGACCCCUCUGACCUUGAACUUCUACAGGAACUGAAUCGCACCAAUCGACAAAUGCAACAAAGACUGGUGGAUCUCCUGGAUAAAAUAGCCAAUGAAGAAAUAACAAAUGAACUUCUUCGGAUUAAUGAUGACAUCAAUAAUGUGUUCCUGCGAUAUGAAAGAUUUGAAAAAUAUCGGACUGGACAAACUGGUCAGCAAGCCAGUCAGCCUGGUAGCCAGGUGUCGCCUGAGCCUUCCCCUCAGGACUCCACCUCACCCCCAUCUUAUGACCAGAUUGUCACCGGAGGCUCCAACCAGGGAAGUGCGGGACCCCGUGUUGCUAACCUCAUCGACCUUGGACCAGAGAGUUCAUCAACAGGCCUCAGUUCUCAGUUCUCUGACAUGGGACUAGGAGCUGGAAGUGUAAGCAACACCCUUGGCCAACUUAACACAACAGCAACCACCAACAGUACCCAUCCUUCCUCCGACGACUUUGACAUGUUUGCCCAAUCACGUCAGUCAUUCGACCAGAAUAAAAAAGCAGUGGGAACAUACUCCAACCAGAGAGAUGAUCAGUAUGGAGGAGGACUUAGCCAAGCUGUCAAUGCCAAAGUAGCCCCUGGGCUAGAUGAUGCUGAGGAGGUGUUGAAGCCUGUUAAUCCAUCGUCUAAGUUGCAAGAUCGGGAAAAUGAUUAUGAUGAAAUGGAACAAUGGUUGACUGAUGAACAGAGGAAAGAUUUAGAAAACACAAGAAGCAAGCCACAAGAAUCCAUCACUAGUUCAGAAUUUGAUGAGUUUUUGGCAGAGCGAGCGGCAGCCGCUGAUACCCUCCCCAGCAUAUCGGCACAAACUGGUCAACAGCCGCGCUCUGUGAACCGCAAUCGCCAGCUAAAACAGAAGGACGAGGACGAGAAUCCGUUGUUUGCUCUGUAGUUAAAUAUCUGUGUGGAUGAGAAUGUAUGUAAAUACUUAUUGUAAAAUCUCCCUGGAAUUCCUUUUAAAAAUCUAGAAUUUUAAUACUGUCAUGAACUGAUAUAUAAGUAUACUUAUUAUUUUUUGAAACUGGUAAGAAUGUUGAUAUAAGAAAGCCUGUAUUGUUGGCAGAAACAUUAUAUCUUACUUAAGAUGUGUGGAUCAGUGUGCUGAAAUUUUCAUAGUCACUGAAUCUACUCCACCAAUCAAAAUGUAAAACAUAGAAUUAUUCAAAAUAUCAGGAAAAAAGAAAGACUUCUAGAAGGAAACAUAGAUAGAUAUACCAAGAUUGUCUAUAGUUACUAUAAUUAGGCAAGGAUAGGCCUAGGAGGGAGGGGCAUGGAGUGUGGGAAGAAAGUAGUAGAUGAGAAGUGGAAGGAGAGGGAUGAAGGAAGUAGAGUGUGUCUGUGUCCAGUUGUCUGUGUUUUGGUCUGUCUUGUCACCACCGGUGUGUGAGUAGAGAGAUUUUGUGUCCUAGCUGGGCAUCAAAUGCUGCUUAUCUAACAAGCAUGCAAUAUCAUGUCCUGAUAGUAGGACAAUCUCUUGGUUGUUUAUUUUUUUUUAUGUUUAUUUUGAUUCUAUAAUAAUCACACAUAAAUGUGUAGGAAGUUUGUUUUUUAUUUAUCUUGUCAUAAAUCAAGUGUCAUAAAUUAUUUAAGACUAUACAUGUAUCCCGUAAUGAAUUUCUAUUGCAUGAUGCAAAUAAUGAGUUUUGCAAUAUAUUGAAAUCAUCCACAUCUGCUACCUAUGUUUAGGGUGAGUGAUGGGAGUGUAUGGACAGGAUGGAGACAGUGUGUGGUCUUUAUCAGCUCAGAGUGCCUAGAUAAAUCUCUUGUUAUAUGUGAUAUUAUUACCCAGUAGAAUAGGUAGUGUUUGAAUUAGAUCAGUUAUAAAUCAAUUGUACUAGAAAAAUAGUCUUGAAAAAAGGAUAUACUGCAAGUGUGUGCAACCCUGCUCGCAAUGGUCCUGCAUUCAUUGUACUAAAAAUGUACUGUAACCAUGCUCUCGAGGCCAUGGAUUCAUUUUACUGAUUUUCUGCAUUCAAGCAUUCACUAUGGUAUAUUAUGAAUAAACUGCAGUCAUGCUCUCGAGGUCUUGUAAUUGAAAUUAAAGUUAAAGUUCUGCAUUAAAACAUUUAAGCUUUCAUUUAUUUAAUAUGUAGUCAUGUACUCUGCUUUGUAAUCAGUUUGUCUAAGAUAUUUUUGUUUAUGUGUCAUUUUGUAUGUGGCUACAAAACCUUUUACAGUGUGAAAAGUAUUACAGCCAACUACAAAAUAGUCUGCAUUCAUCAACCAUCAGAUUUGCAGGUACAGCAAUCAAAUAAUGUUGGUGCCAUUAUUCUAUUUAAAGUGUUUAUUUUUAAAUUAAAAGAAAGUAAACAAAAUUCAACUUACAUAUAUAUCAUAUGAUAUUAGAUCCAGAGAAGGUACAAUUAUAUACUCUAUUAUUUAGCUUACAUCAGGUUAGUAUAUCCUGCCCAUUAAAAAUUAUCUUAGGUUUGAAUGCUGACUGCCUACCUUAUUUUGGCUAAUACUUUUCAUCUACAUUUGCCAAAUUUUGCAUGCAAUAAAUGUACCUCUUGGGCUGGCAAAAUGUUGUAUACUAAGAUUUGGUCUCAUAGUGUCCAAUCUUACAUGUAUACAGAGUUUUACUGUUACGUGUACAUAAAGUGACAUUGUAGCCUACAAUUUUCAAGUUUUGUUUGCAAAUACCUCUUCAUAUUGGAGAGUGGUGAGAAGUGAAAUUGGUGACUACACUUACUUCACACACAACAAUUAUGGCCCUUUGAUGACCGAGAGUAACCUCUUCUGGUCUCGUAUGUCAUUGUUAAUGAAUAUUUUGGAGUAUUAUUGUGUCACAAACUGAAAUCAUUGUUGUGUUUUAUAUGGCCUUUAGCUAACCAAACAUCAUUAUGACAAGGACCUAACACAUACAAUUUCACUUGUUGUUCAAUUUAUGUGUACAACUUAGGAAGAUGGGAAAAUCCCAUACUAAAAUCAGUAGACUAUUACAGAGUUUUUGACCAUUGUUAAUUUUUUAUAUAGAAGAUAUUUCAGAGAUGAGUGGCUUUGGACUGUUUACAACAACUUUAUCUUGAUUUGAUGUGUUAUAAAGUUGUAAGCUGGGUAUGGAUAUUUUUGUACAGUUUGUAUUUUCGAAAUACAAUGUUAUUGUUUAUCAAUAAGGUAAGGAUGUUAUUAUAUCAAGCAAUUAUAAUACUGUCGCAAAGUGUAUACAUCCAAAUCUCCUGUUUAUCGUAAAAGGUGUUUUCUCUGUUGUUCUCGUUACUCAAAAUCAUGCUAAUUGGAACAUAUUCAGAAUCAUUGUUGGGUCAUGUCCUUCUAUACUUCUGGUUUCCGUUCUGUAUAUGGGAAUACAAAAAAUAUGUAUUUUUUGAAUCAACAACAUCAUUUACGAUGUAGCUAACACAUUUAUUGUCUAAAUUUUGUCUAUGAUAUUAUUCCCACUCUGUUAACUUGUAUGACAACAGUGCCGAAAAUGUUCUCAUCUUCAAAUUUCAGCCAAGCACAACAUUAAUGGAUAUGGUAUUUCCAUAUUAAACCAGAAUAUUUUACAGAAACACAUGGUAGUUUAUCUGUACACAAGUACUCAUACAGAUAACAGGGCUGCAUACAUUUAUUUGGUUGGAACAGUCCAGGUGGUAUACAAAGUAUCUGAUCUGAAUGGCACUUGACUGAUCAGAUAGUUAAGUGUUCAAAAUGGGCUGUUUUGACAUUGUUUUCUAUCAAACAAAAAGCAUGUUGAGUGUUUUGGCUAAAUACACACUUGAAGUAUAUACAUUGUCACAAUUUACAAUGUAUGUUUACUCCAAUCUAUCCUAUUAUCACAGCGGCCAGAUUCUCAUGAUACUAAAGUAUAAUGAUUAUUGAUACUAGCUAGAAUUUCAACAUGACAAAUACGAUGUAUAACACCUACCUCUACAAAGGGUUACAAUAUGACUGUUUCAGUAGAACAUUUUGAUAAGGUACCUUUCCUAUUAUAGCUGUGAAAUCCUUAUUGGUAUUUUUUUAGUACAUUGUACUAGGUCACGACUCCGCCUUUAUUAAAGUGCCCUGUACUGUUUAAACCCAUAUUUGUAACCUUUCCUUGAAACUGUGGAACUUAAUACAUGUCCAGCAGUGCUGAUAAAUUAUCGAGUUUGGUUUUAUGAUGUAGAAUGAUCAUCUAUACGGAGUUAACGGCAUAUAUUUAAAUAGUUGUUAGAUUUGUCUUCUUUUUUUUUUACUACAACCUAAGAUUAAUUUGCCUUAUUUUGUCUGAAAUCUUUAAUAUUGAAUUACUGAUUCAAUCAGUUUUACAUUGUAUUUGGUACAUCAUCCAUGUGUAAUCAAAUAAGGUUAAAGGUCAUGUGGACUACAGUACAAAUCUCUGGAAAGCUUGUUGGUAUCUACUUCAGCUAGCUAAAGGUCUCUGGCUAUUUUUCGGUACUGACAGUACCUGUCCUAACUUUCUCGCCCUGUUAUCCUCUUAACAUUGUUGGAGUAGUUGAUAUCUUAUUCUCCUGUAUGUUUAAAUGACUUAUAGAAUUCAGUGUACAUGAGGGUUACAUCAACAUUUCACCUGAGUAUAAGUCUGUGAGUGUAGGUACACAGAUAGGUAUCUUGUUGUGAUAUUUGGUCUGUCAUCCCCAAAGGUUGGAGAUUCAUAUUUAGUUUCCUGUAGGGGUCACUACAGAACCUGUUCUAUUGUUAUACAUAUAUGGUUAUCUGUUGGUCACAUCAAUUUGUACGUUAAAUUGUUAAAUUUAUUGGUGUUGUAUAUAUACCCCUGGACCUGUAGGUUCAGUAAAGUAAUUACUACAGCAUGUUUAUUAGGUCCUGUCAACCAAAGAAAUUAGUUUGUAGAAAACAUACAUUGUUACAUAUGUUUUAUCAUAAGAAUGUUACUUGCAUUGGGGCACAAAGGACGUUUGUUUCCAGGGCUUCUUCAUUAACACCUCUAUCUUCUCCAUCAUCUCAUUAAGGGGUUUCCACUCCUGCUUUAUAAUAUUUAGAUAAAUUCAUACAUGGGAAAUCUAUAAUGGAAUUAUUGUAGAUUUUAAGAAAUUAAGGAGCUCCAUCAGGGUGUGGAGAAACAUAAUUAAGGAGGCCUAGAAACGUAUUGCUGAUAAAAGGCCGAUGACUGAUAUAAAUGAUAUAUAACUGAUGUGAUUUACUUACAAUUCUGGGGUGUGAUAGAACCUGUAUUGGAAUAAGCAUGUCUUACUGUAGUUUGUGAUUGGAGUUUGACUGAGGAGUGGGGUGGUUUUCCGGUCUACCUUUUGGGAAGUUGUCCUGAAUACAAAAUAGAUAACUAAGAUCGGUAACUUGUUCAGUUUCUGGCCUGUUUUGCAGUGUGUCGUUAUACACGGUAAACUUGACUGAUGCACAUAUUGUGGACCCCUGUAGUUUCUAGUAACAUUUUGUUAGAACCGUGGUGAUUUAAGUGUAUAACACUUGGCUAGCACAAUAUGCUCACAGUAUAUCGAUCAUACCUCUGCUAGUUUUAUUACGCCACUAUCGUGUAUAGUAUUUUCAAAUAAUAGUAAUUUUUUUUAAAUAUGAAUUGGUAUAUAUGUAUAAUAAUUUUGGGAGAAUUGCCCAAAUAUUUAUUCUGUUUAAAAAGUACAUUUUCAGAUGGAUGUUGAUGAUAUGUUGCUUUUGGACAAAUUUACCUUUUGGACUUGUUACAGAUUUGCUUGAUUCUUGGUUGACAUUGAGACAGAAGUUUCACAGAAAACCAUUGAGGCAGUUGUAAUGUUAAUCGUAGUAAAGUGCUGUGUAUGAUGAAUCCUCAAUGACUGUUUGUAUUGCUCCUGUAGUAUGUGAUUGUCACUGUUCAGAACAAAUUACACUGCUGGGCAUCAGCCCAUAAAUCACAAUCUAAUCACACUGCAGGUUCUUGUGAAAAUGUGUAUAUAUGCAGAUAAUACUGUAUAUUAAUGUAAACCUAUCGUCAAUAAAUAUUAACUAAGAUUUAUA